AUGACCGCGACCCCCACGCCCUUCAAGAUCCAGGUGUCCGACGAGAAGCUCGGCUGGAUCAACGAGCGCGUGCGCACAGCGAACAUCAUCCCCGACGUCGAGCACGCCGAGGGCAAGGAAUGGGAGGACGGCGUGCCGUCGUCCGUCGCGAACGAGUACGCCGAGUUCUGGCGCAAUGGCUACGACUGGCGCGCGGAGGAGGCGCGCAUCAACGCGACGUUCGACAUGUUCACCGUGCCGAUCGAAGAAGGCGGGGAGACUAUCGAGCUGCACUUUGUGCACAACCGGAGCAAGCACGCGAGCGCGGUACCGCUCCUGUUUGCUCACGGAUGGCCGGGGAACUUCAUGGAGGCGAGCUCGAUAGAGUUAGACGAGAAGCGAAAGAACUUGCUGAAGUUGACUGAGCCGGAGGGGGACUUUCCCGGAUUCCACAUCGUCGCGCCCAGUAUCCCAGGCUUCACAUUCUCUUCAUCGCCUAAGGCGAGCAUUUGCACUCAGUCACAAUCCUUCUCUCUGGGCAGCGUUGCCUCGAUUUACCACAAGCUCAUGAAGAUCUUGGGCUAUGAGCACUACCUCUUGCAAGGAGGUGACUGGGGUUCCCUCAUCACUCGUAUCAUGGCCAUCCAGCACCCUGAAGCCUGCGUCGGCAUCCACCUCAACUUCCUCGUCGCCGGCCUGCCCUCGCCGCUCUCUGAGCCCAUCACGACCAUCCGCUUUGCCACCGGCUACUUCGCUAACACCCUCCGCCUCGAGCUUGGCAAGAAGUGGCUCAUGGGAAGCGAGUCCGGCUUCUCGAAGAUCCAAGCGACCAAGCCCCAGACCAUCUCCUACGCCCUCCUCGACUCCCCCAUCGGCAUGCUCGCCUGGAUCCUCGACAAGCUCCGCGCGCUCUCCACGCCCGGCUACGAAUGGGACAAGACCCAGGUCAUUACCUGGACCAUCACCUACCUCCUCUCCGACAGCUCCGGCCACGCGCGCAUCUACAAGUACGCGCGCCGCAACAUGGAGAAGGAGGUCCUCGGCAAGCUCAUCCCCGCCGAGGUCGCCUUCGGCGCCAGCGCGUUCCCCCACGACCCGGCCUACGCGCCGCAGUGGCUCGUGAACGCGCGGAUAGCGAAGAACAUCGUAUUCUACAAUGACUCGCAUAAGGUCGGUGGUCACUUCCCGAGCGUGGAACUGCCCGACGUGUUCAUUGCCGACUUGAAAAAGUUCGUUGGCAAGGUAAAAGCCUCGAGCCGUUGGGGACAGCUUGAUAGUAAAUAA